AUGGCUUUCAUGAUGAUGAAGAAAAAGAAGUUCAAAUUCCGCGUGGAGCUGGAACUGGACGAUCUCUCCUCGGUGCCCUUCGUCAACGGGAUCCUCUUCUGCAAGGUGCGGCUGCUGGACGGCGGGAGCUUCAGCGGAGAGUCCUCCAGAGAAGUGGUGCAAGCAAACUGUGUUCAUUGGAAGAAAAGGUUUUCAUUUAUAUGUAAAAUAAGUGCAAGUGCCACUACAGGGAUUCUGGAUCCCUGCAUCUGCAGAGUCUCUGUACGAAAGGAAUUAAAAGGAGGGAAGACUUAUGCAAAGUUGGGUUUUGCGGAUCUUAACCUGGCAGAGUUUGCUGGAUCGGGAAAUACGACUCGCCGCUGCUUACUGGAAGGUUAUGAUACCAAAAACACAAGGCAGGACAAUUCAAUUCUCAAAAUUUUAAUCAGCAUGCAGCUAAUGUCUGGAGACCCUUGCUUUAAAACCCCUCCAUCUACAGCAAUGUCUAUACCAAUUGCUGGAGAAUCAGAAUCCCUGCAUGAAGACAGAAAAGGUGCAGAGAAUACUAAAGGGUCACAUUUGACUGUAUCAGAUUUUACAAACAAGAGCAUCUCAGCCCCAGAUGAACUUGGAGCAUGUGGACAUUCUAGGACUUCUAGUUAUGCAAGCCAACAGUCAAAAGUAUCAGGAUACAGUACUGCACAUUCCAGAUCAUCCAGUUUCUCUGACCUCUGUCAUAAAAGAAAUACCUCUGUGGGAAGCACAUCAACUGGUAUAAGUAGUAUUCUAGAGCCAUGUGAAGAGGCUGAAUCCAGAAGCACUGAGGAUAAUCUGAAAGCAACUAUGAAAGAUGCACUCUCUGAAAACUCAAACAGGGCUAAGACUUUUUGUAGGUCCUGGAGGAAGCACUGCCUUUGGAAGUCAUCACUUACCUAAUAGAGCGGGAUCUGGAGCUUAUGAACAAGUGGUUAUAAAACGCUAGAAGAACUGGACUAAGUGGAUGGAUUUCCAGAAUUUAUUUCACAAUAUUAUCAAGGAUGAAAUCUACUGAAAGUUGGCAUAUAUGCCAGUUUAGAUACUUUAUAUUGAAACUUUCUUCUGAAACCAUUUAUAAGGGCAAUUUCCCAUCUUUUAGCAUGCUGCUCUUUUGUUGGCAGAUUUGUUGAUGGGAAUUAUUGCAUUGUUCCACAUGUAAGUCAAAUUGGGGUGAGGUAUGUUGUUUUUUUUGAAAGAGGAAAUUAUUCUAUAUAAUUGAUCAUAUAUUGAAAUCAGUUGCCAGUGGAAGGCCUUCAGUAAUGUUUUCUAUAAGCAAAUCAGAAUAGGAAAUAGGAAGUACUCAUUCAAGGAAGCGUUUUGAGAAAGUAAUACUUUUAUAAACAUAUUAGUUUUAAAACAUGACCUGCAUUUCAGUAUUUUGAUAUUCCUUGAAAAUGAGUGACUAGCCCUAAAUGGGAUUGAUAUGCAUAUUUUAUUACUGUUGAAUAUAUAGCCAGGCAGGUGCUCUAUGUAUUCUUAAAACUAUGAAAAAGUAUAAAAAAGUAUAAGGUUGUAUUGACUAACAUUUUAGUCUGUACUUAAAUCAUCAUCACAGAAUUGAAUAAGAAUUUUGAGCUCACAAGAUGAUUUGUAGAGAAGCUUGGAGAAUAUCAUUUGAGAGUGCCUUCUUUCUAAGGGAAAAGGAAAUACAAACUAUUUUAUGAAGCUUUAAUAAUAAAUAGUAAACCAACCGCUAUAAAGAUAAGCACUUUAUAAAUCCAUUAUUUUAGUUGAAUUUCUGACUUAGGCAAAUGGCAUAAUAGCAAUUCCCUUAGUUUUUGUUGCAUUAUGUUUGCCAGUCAUGGUCCAUGCAUGAAGGAAAUACUUGCCAGAUGCAGCAUCACCUGUGUAAACACUUACAUGGAUGAAUGCUUUGCUUUUAGCUCUGUCCAGUAUUAAAUUGCUUUUUUUCCAUGUCUUCUUAAACAGAAUUUAUUUCAAUUAGACUUACACAGAAGAAAUGUCCUGGCAGAACUGUGAUGCAUAAAUAUUUGUAUGAACAGUAUAAUUUGCCUAUGCAACAAUUUCAACAAAGCAUUAUCUGACAGCAGAAACAUUACAAUUUUUUUGCUAAUGGUAUGAAAACUAUCAAUAAUCUUGUUGCUUUGUAGCUGGUCUCAUAUCUUUUAAAAAUAGAAAUUGAUACACCUUUAAAAUAAUUUUUAAUAAGCUAAUUAUAGAUAUCUUGUUUAGUGUCUUUGUUUUACUGUUUUCAUGGUAUCACUGAUUCUUUUUGAAAAAAAUAUGAGUUAUUUUUAGUUAAAUGAAGGUUUUUUAUGUUUAAAAUACUUUUUUUUUAAUUGUCAUAGCUUUUUUCUUGAAGUCACAUAUGUGAACUCUUAAAAUAAUAUUUCUUUACUGGUAUGGUACCCAACAGUGUUCUAUUAUGUUUCAACUUGUUCUAACUUGUCUUUAAGUGGAUCUUUUAGCUGCUGUUAAAAUAAUGGAAAGGGAAUGCACAAAGUUUAUUUUGAAAUACAUUUUAAUUUACUUUGAACUUUGUAGUAGUGUGGUUAAGUAAAACAUACCCAAGAUAGUGCUUGAAUUUAUUGAGGAAUGAUCUUUGUCCUGGAAAAUAACUGAUUUAAAGAAAUAGCAAAUUGGUAUGAGAGUGCACAGGUUAAAAUAAGUGACAGGGUCACGUACAGUACUCAUGAGAAAUUAUCACUUUCAACUUAAUAUUCCAUGGUGAAUAUAAUUUGUACAGUCAAAUGCAACAUUAGUCCGUAUAAAAAUAUCCAAUUUUGUUCCUUUUAGAACUAGUUCAGAGGGAAUUUCUCUCUUGCAUUCAACAUGUUGGUGGUAGCUCUUUUUAUUCCAUAUGCUCAUUCUAUGUAUUCUUCUGUGUAAAGUUUGAACAAAUAUCAUGCACUUUUAUUAAUUGUAUUAUUUUAAUGAAGUGAUUCCAGUGCCAUCUGAGACAUGGGAAAUGAUCUUCAUAUUUAUAUGGCAUUAAACUUGUGUAAACUGUAUACUGACAUGCUAAUAUUUUUAUUAAAAUCAACAUUUUUAUCAUAAAAUAUUUCAUUGUAAAGUGAACUUACAAAUUCAAUAAAAUUUGUCUUCAACUUUUA